AUGAAACAGAAUAAUUAUACAGUAAAGGAUGGGCACGCAGAGAAAAUCAAACAACCUCUAUAUGACUUUUAAUAGGUUCAUUUCUAAGUAAUCUUAAAUGUUUAAUAACCCUAGAAUCCCAAACAAUAGAACCAAAACUACUAACUUAAAGAAAAAUAGACUGCAAUUAAACCUGUUUCUACACUUUCUAAUUAACAAGCCAUUAUAUACAAUAAAAAGACAAACCAGAAUCUUUUACUAAAAUUCAUUUAAACAACUAAAACACCAUUAUAGCCUCUAUUAUCUAAAAAGGAAUAGCCCAGAAUUAAUGUUAUUACAAAAAAUAACUAAAUUAACUGCUUACCAAAAGUCAACGAUAACUAAAAGAAAGAAGGUGAUUAUCGAAAACAUAUUAGUGAAGCAAUUUUGAUGUAGAAAUAUCAUUCUACACGAUUGAUUGAGUAUUAAAAUCAAAAGACCUUUUCCAUUCUCAAUAAAUUGACAAACAACAAAUUUAACAAAAGCCGAUAUUGCAAUCUCAAUUUUCUAUAAUAAAUCAAUAAACAAUAGAAAUUUGUUAUAUUUGUCAUACAAAAAUUGGAGUUGUUUGGUGUUAAACAUACAUCUUCCUUUCUUGGCAAAAAUCCACCCACUUAUCAAUGUUCUUUUUUUUCAGAUCAAAAAUUGUUAUAUAGAAGCAAACCUGUUGAAUAUAAUGAAUUUCUAGAAUCUAUUAUAGGAUUUAAUUGUUAGGAAUUCACAUCCAUAUAUGUUGUGAUUGAAAAGAUUAAACAAAAUGAAGAAGUAAUAGAUUUCUUAUUCAAUAAUUAGUUUUAAGUAGGGGAAGUUAUUUACAUCGAAAGUUAUUCUCAUAUUACAACAACUCCCCUGAAGGAUAAUAUUAUGAUUAAGGUUAGCGAUGAAAUAGAGGGAGACAUAAAGAAGACAAUAUCUGAUGAAUAAGUUACGGUUGGGAAACUCCAAUACAAAGUAUUGUAAUUAUGCCAAUCAAAUAAUUAAUAUAAAUUACAAGCUCCCUAAUCUAUUUAUGCUAUCCAAAUUUAAUAGUCAACUCCUCGACCCUCAGCAAGAUAAAUAGAUUAGAACACACCUACACAAUUAAAAUGA